UUCAGCUUUAAUCAAGAUCUGUACAUAUUUAUAUUGUCUCGAUCUGGUAUGAUCUUUUUUCAAGUCAUAAUCAUGGAUUAGCUAGGUAAUUAGUCUAUAAAGUCCAAAAUAUUAUCGCAAUAAGCUAUAGUAUAUAGUUAUACAAAGACUCAAAGAUUGUGCACAUCUAUAUUUCAAAACAUGGACUUACUCGGAUUUUCCUUCAAAGCAUCUAUUGGUUUUUUUCCUUCCAUACAUUCCAUAGGAUACAUGCUCGUGCCGAUUGAUUUCUUUUUUAUUACUACAUUCCAACUGAACCUAAUGAAUGUGUGUAAGAUAUGAUGCAUGAGAUGUGAUCCAAGUGAACAUAUUGGUUGUAUCAGUGCUGCCACCAAAUUUAUUCCCUCUCAAGACGAACAUGUACAUAGACUCUUAAUUUCACCUUGACGCACGGGUGCUGAAGAAAUUGAACAAGCUUAGAAGGGAUUUUCUGUGGCAUGGUUGUAAGGAAAACAAGGGAUACAAUUUGGUAAAAUGGGAGAAAGUUUUGAAAAGCAGAGACAGAGGAGGUUUGGGAAUCAGAAAUCUAAGAAAGCAGAACAACAGCCUCCUAAUGAAGUGGCUGUGGAGAUACAAUGAACAAGGACAAGCCCUAUGGAAGGAGGUGAUCAAAAGCAAAUAUGGGGAAUUAAAUCCAUGGUGCAGUAAUGUUAGUUCAAACCCUUAUGGGGCAGGAGUCUGGAGAACAAUUAGAAAUCUGUGGCCAAGUCUGGAAAGCAAUUUGAACAUAAAAGUGGGAGAUGGGACGAAGGCAAAGUUUUGGGGAGAUAGCUGUAACAAUCAGAGGCCUUUGAAGGACUCAUUUCCUGAUUUGUAUAGGAUAUGCAAUAAUCCAGAGGGCGCUGUCAAUGAAUGUUGGUCAGAUCAGGGAUGGAAUCUUUCGUUUAGAAGAUUGCUGAAUGAUUGGGAAGUGGAUAGGGUGGCCAAUUUGUUACAUAGCCUGCAGGAGUUCAAAGGCACCACCUCAGAGCCAGAUACUUUGAGGUGGAUGCAUAGGAAGGAUGGGGUAUUCUCUGUCAACAAGGCGUACAGGUUAACUAAUAUGCAACCAAACCGAAACCAGCAAAUAUUGUGGAGAAAUGCGUAGAAAAACAUAGCACCAACUAAGUUAAAAUGCUUCACAUGGUUGGUGGUCAGAAGGGCCUGUUUGACAGAAGUUUUGAAGAAAAAAGGGCAGAUCAUUGUUUCAAGAUGUUAAUUAUGUGGGGAAACUGAAGUGACCAACAAUCAUCUUUUUUUGCAUUGCAGUUUCACAUCACAACUAUGGUCACUAUUCUUUAGUCUUACAAAUACAAUAUGGACCAUGCCUGAGCAUACUGCAGAUUUGUUGAGCUGUUGGAUUAGAAGAGGAGGAAGCAAGAGUCAGAAGAAAUGGUGGAGAAUAAUUCCACUCUGCAUUUGGUGGACAGUGUGGAAGGAAAGGAAUAACAGAAGCUUUGAAGAUAG